GAAUGCGUACGCAGACGAAUAUCAACAAUAUUUUUGAGGGCUCAAGGCGUUUCAAUAAUGGGAUAGAAUAUCGUCAACACCGGUUAUUUGUCAUCUUGAUAUGAAAAUGGAGACUGAAGAGGACUCGGAUGAAUGCAGAUCUAGCUUUAGUACAUCUAGCAGCGAUGAAGCAGACAGUACCUGUACGGCUGAAGAAGAUAAGGAGCAAUGUUGCUCUGUAUCCCACAAUUUACCCUGGCGUCAACAGGGCAAUAACCAGACAGAAAUGCACCGAUCUGUCAAAAAACUGGGGGCAAUCGUUACCGACGGUGAUAUAAUACCUGGACAUCAUGCACAGCCUGUUGUUUUCCAAGAGAACACAUUCAAUGUGGAGUUUCAAGGAGCUCCCAAAUAUCUUACCCUUGGAGAAGGAAACAAAAUUGAGCAGAAUAAGCGUGAUGAUAAAAAGAGCCUGGCACAAAGGAUUCGAGAUAAAACAGAAACAAAUAUUAAACAGUGUUCAAAGACAACUGUUGAUACUCAUGGCCUGUCUGAAGUCAUGGUCGCAAUUGGGAAUGGGUCAUCUCUUGUGAUUAUCACAGGAUCACAAGGUGAUGGAAAGACAACAAUCGCAAAAAGAGCCAUGUCAAAGCUGCAAGCAAAAGGGAAACAAAUAUUUCAAAUAUUCACACCAGACCAUCUCUCUGAAGUUGGUCUCUACGUCAGUGAGCCAGUCAUUAUGUUGGAUGACAUAUGUGGAAAGAUAAACUUUGAUGAAAGCAAAUGGAAAGGAUGGGAACCUGCCCUGAACAUUAUAUUUACGGAGACAGACAAAAACAGUAUCGUUCUGAUUGUUUGCAACAACUUCGUUCUUCAAGAAUGGUCGCGGUGCAUUGAGCAUUUACCUGUGAAACACGUAUCCACAGUUGAUGUAUCACAGAUUCGAAGAACAUAUCAGGAAAAGGAAAAUAUUUUGUCAGCAUUGGAACAGAAGCUUUAUAUGAAAAUUGAUCCAGAGAAACGCAGACAAAUAUGUGAAUGGGAUAGCCAUGGCUUUCCGAAAUUGUGUGAAAUGUUUCUGGAAAUGUACAAGAGUAACAGCUCUUCCCAAAUAGUGUCAGUAUUCCGACUUCCAACACCGUUAGACGAACACGAUGCCAUGCAUGUUUUGAAGCAAACGAGCAAGAGAAUGCUCUUGAAAAAGCUGCUUGAGAACCAAGGUGAAUUAGACGUAUAUCAAGAGACUUGUUCUGAACGUAGGUAUGAUCUCACAGAGACAGCUAGAAAUCUUGAUGGAAUAUACUUAUACAAGAGGGACGGUGUGUUCGAAUUCCGCUUGGAAUAUAUGCAUGACCUCGUGGCAUCAGCCUUUUGGGAACUCGACCCAAGGUUCGUCAUUGACAACUGCAAGAUGACAUUCAUAAGCAGGACAUUGCAACUGCAGUCUCAACAACCUUCUGGUACGGCCACAAAGUUCCUUUUUUAUUCCAGACUAUCUAUGCAAGUAUCUCCUGGCAAGAUUUACAACGGAAAUUUGCAAAGGCAAUAUAUAUUUGGCACUCUCACACAGAGCAUGCAGAUGGGAACCUUUCGCAAAGCAGCUGAUGACUUCUCUACUUCGCAACAACAAUUCAUCAAUGCAAAGUGUUGUCUCCCUGACGGAUGCUACUCACAAACUGACAUUUGCCUACCUAUCAACAAGCAAUGGUAGUUUUCACAUUUUGAAAAGCAUAGUUGACCACAUAGAACCAAUUACUGCUGAGCUUCUAAAGGAGGUCGUGUUUGGUAUUUGUGAUGCUGCAUCAGUUGGUGGGUUGCAAUAUCUGAAAGACAAAAAACUCGAAUUUGAUAUCAAUGUCAGAAAUGAUGAUUAUCAAACCCCUAUCAUGGUGGCUGCCAAUACGAAGGAGAGUACUUUCGUCAUGGAAGUGCUAGCAAUCAACCCUGACGUUAAUGUACUCGAUUGUGUGGGCAGGUCAGUACUUCACUACAUCUGCGAAAAUGGACUGGCAAGAGCAAUGAAACAGAUUGCAUGUGAUAUAACAGAUGUUGACAGGAAGGACAAGUCUGGACGUACAGCUCUUUCCAGUGCUUGUGAAUACGGACACAUUGACAUAGUGAAGGAACUCCUUAAGAUGGAUGCCAACAUAGACGUGCAAUCCUUGCACGAGUCUUGCAAGUCAAAGAAAGCAGACAUUCUCGGAUUGUUAUUUGCAGAAGGAGCAUCUGUUGAUGUAUUGUCGGAGGAUGGUGACACCCUUCUUCACUCGGCAUGUGAAGGAGGCAAAGAGGUGAUAGAUCUACUACUACAAAAAGGUUUACAUAUCAACAAGCCUGGCUUCAAAGGAAGAACUCCUCUUGACAAGGCAAUAGGACAGAAAAAUGAAACUAUCGCAAAAUACUUGGAAGAGAAAGGUGGUAAACGCAACGCAAAUCUGUCAUCUUAGCGUAUCCCAACAAGCUCUACCAAGUAAAGGUCUUGACAAAUCUAAGUGGUUUAUGUUGAAAUAAUUCAGUGUUAUAUCUAUAUCAAAUCAACGUAGGAAACAUCUUUUCUAUCACAAGGGAUAUUUAUUCUAUCACAAAAUCUACAAAUCUGGAUACUUGUAAUAAUGUCCAAUCUUUCCUGCCAUCGUAUGCCGUGUGGUAUAGAGUGAUGCUCAUGCUGUUGAUCACUGGAUUGUCAGGACCAGACUCGAUUAUCUGGAAUAAUAGCUGGAAUAUUGCCGAGAUCGGCGUCAAACAACAAGCAAGAAAAAUGUUUAACAUUUAGCGUUGUACAUAGUAGGAGCAGAAGUCAUGGUGGUGGUUUUGUGUUUAAACAUAUUUCACGGACAUACCAGGUCAAAUGGGAUGGCCAAAUUCCUCCAGCUGAGACGAUCCUCUCAAUAAACAUUCAUACCGAUAGAGGCCAAAUGUGUGGUUAUUGAACAUUGUCAUAAAUAACACACUAAGUGCUACACCGGGUAAUCAUUGUCUGCUGGGUGAACAGAGGCCAUUUUGAACGAACUCACUUGCCUAAGGUGAGACCACAUGUAUCACAUGUGCUUCGUUGUGGGACAGGACUGAAGAAACUCUCAGGAGUCAAGCUGCCAAUCACAGUCACCCAGUUACAAGUUAUCUACUUUCGUGUGUAGCUAGUUAAAUUACACAUAUAUGCAUAAGAACAUACAUACAUACAUACAUACAUACAUACAUACAUACAUACAUACAUACAUACAUACAUACAUACAUACAUACAUACAUACAUACAUACACUCAUACACACAUACAAGUGUAUGUUGCAGUAUAACUGAGUAGAACUAUUGUUUUGAAAACCAAACAGUAUAUUUUCUAUUGUGAAUUUUAUUUUGCCCUCAGCCACUGAUUUAAGCCAUAUGGUCAGCCACAUAGUAACAUUCACUAAAUACAUUAACAAUUGUUUCUGGUUCCGCUUCAAAGAAUGUACAUAGAAUUAAAUUUGUAUACCCACUUUUACACAAAAAAUACAUUUGUGGAGGAAAAUAUUGUACAACUAUCUGUGAAAUCUUAAAUAAAUAUUUUGUAAUA